CGUAGGACAGUGUUGUGCAAACCAGACCUCACUCACGGCAGAUAGGACCCGACUCUUACUUACAGUUCAUCCUGUUUUAAGCCAGCACUUAAACUCACAUCUUGUGCUUCUCACCUGCUUUCCAGGCCUCGGAGCCUCUGGGGUGAGCUCAAGCUUGGCACCAUGAAGUACCGGACGGUGGUGAUGUACAUGGAGAUUAGCUGCUUCGUCUCCUGUCUGUCUGGGUGGAUUCUAGUGUGCUCCACCCUGCCCACGGAGUACUGGACCUUCUCAGAGGUGGGCACCAUCGUCCUCACCACUGUCAACUACUACUCCAACCUCUGGAAGGACUGUGUCUCCGACACCACGGGUGUCUCUGACUGCAAAGAAUACCCCUCCUUGAUGGGGUUGCCAGUGUUCCUCCACGUGUGCAGGGCUCUGGCCGUCUGCUCCGUCAUCACCGGCUUCUUCGCCGCCGUCCUCACUCUGGUGGGCAUGAAGUGCACCAAGAUAGGGGGGUCAGAGAUCGCCAACGCCAGGGUGACCUUCACGGGUGCCAUAACCUACGUCGUGUCCGGGUUCUGUGGUCUAAUCACCUACUCAUUGUGGGGUAACAAGAUCCGGAGAGAGUUUGUGGAUCCAACUUUCCAUGGACAGAAAUACGAAAUCGGAGCAGCCGUGUUCAUUGGCUGGGGAGGGUCUUUGCUGCUCAUUUCUGGGGGGGCUGUCAUGAGUUACUUCUCUGGGAGGGAAGGUCUCCACCUCACUUCCAACAAAAAGGCCCGCAGGCCUGCUACGUACGCCACAGCUCGGACCGUGGGUACCAGGCGCACAUACAUGAAGCCGGCCCUGUCAAGAGUCCCCAUGAUGCCACCUCUGUACCCGGGGAGCAGAGACAGCAGGAGAAGUGGAAACACUAGAACCAUUAGGUCCUUUGGCAGAGAUGACUUUGUGUGAUCUGUGAUGGCCUGAGAUGAAUUUUGUAUCUGGAUAGGAGAAAACAACUGUAAACUAGUGUGUUUAUUUAGUAAGUGACAACAGUACUGAUAUUGUGAAUCCAUACGAUUCGUUUUGCUGCUUGUAUAAAUAUUUUCAUUCAUAA